AAUAUUAUAAAAUAUCACCCCAACAUUUUCCAAAUUACAAAAUGCUCCCUCGCGCCCAGGAUGUUUCCUGAUUCUUCUACUGCAACGCCAGUACUAAGAACACCAGAAUCAAGCAUAAUUAAGCUCUAAUAAGACACCAAAAACCUUAAAUUUUCUUUUUAAUCGCCAAAAUGCAAUCUAUGGAUCCUGAAACAGCGUUAGAUUUUGUAAAACAAGGAGCCACGCUGCUUCUCCUCGAUGUUCCUCAGUACACCCUCUUUGGUAUUGACACUCAGGUGUUUACAGUAGGUCCUGCUUUUAAAGGCGUGAAGAUGAUUCCUCCUGGCACGCAUUUUGUGUAUUAUAGUUCAUCUAGCAGGGAUGGCAAGGAUUUCUCGCCGAUUAUCGGCUUCUUUGUUGAUGCUGGCCCUUCUGAGGUGAUUGUCCGUAAGUGGGUUCGUCAAGAGGAACGAUUGGUGAAAGUAUCAGAGGAAGAGGAAGAGAGAUUUUCUCAAGCAGUUAAAAGCUUAGAGUUUGACAGAAAUCUUGGUCCUUAUAAUCUAAAUCAAUAUGGAGAAUGGAAGCGCUUGUCCAAUUAUGUCAGAAAGAAUGUUAUCGAACGAAUUGAACCCAUCGGAGGAGAGAUUACAAUUGAAAGUGAGUCUGGGAUUACUAGAAGUAGUCCUAAAACAGCAAUGGAGAAAGCUCUAGAUGAGCAAUUAAGGAACAGUAAAUGUUCAGUGUCUGCAUCUGUUGAUAAGGCAGAGAAGCGAGGAUGUUACUAUACUUCAAUUCCUCAUGUUAUCAAACGCAGAGGAAUUUAUAGUGCAGAACUUACGUCCUUGAAUCUUGACAAGACAGAAUUAUUAGAAAACAUAUUGGUGAAAGAUUAUGGGGGUUCUGAAGACUUGCUUAUUGGAGAGCUGCAGUUUGCCUUUAUUGCAUUCUUGAUGGGGCAAUCACUUGAAGCAUUUUUUCAAUGGAAAUCUUUGGUCAGCCUUUUAUUGGGUUGUACUGAAGCUCCUUUACGCACAAGGAGUCGGCUAUUUACAAAGUUCAUCAAGGUCAUUUACUAUCAGCUGAAAUACGGACUUCAGAAAGAUAAAGCAGAAACUAAUGAUGCGGGGGUAGGAGUAUCAACAUUGUUGGAUGAGUCAUGGUUUUCUGCGGACAGCUUUCUACACCAACUCUGUAAGGAUUUCUUCUUGCUGGUGCAAGAUGCUUCAGUGGUUGAUGGAGAUCUUUUAACAUGGACUAGGAAACUCAAAGAACUGCUAGAGUCCAGUCUGGGAUGGGAGUUCCAGCAAAACAGUGCAAUGGAUGAUGGUAUAUACUUUGAAGAUAACGACGAGUAUGCUCCUGUAGUUGUGAUGUUGGAUGACACCAGCAACAAUGAAGCCCAAGCAGAUUCAUCCAGCUGAUAAGGUACAGACCUUUCAUCCAACUCUGAUCAAUAAAUAUUAGUGUCAGAUGAGUUGCUUCUAUUAAAUGUCAAAAGCGUAAGGCUAACAGAUCUGUCGAUGGGCGGAUGGUUCAGAUUACGUAUGCAAAUCAUCAAUGUAAAUCACCUUGGUGGAUUGAGUUCCUGUAUAUAUAGUACAUCUUUUUAGUUUUCAGUUUCAGGAGGGUUAAGCUCCAAAAUUUUCAAGUAUUUUUAUUGCUUGUUUUGUGGGAAACAGAUACUAACAAUUAAAAAGUUUCUUGAAUUGAGGUCAA